CUAACCCCAUCAAUGGCCGCUCUCACAAAUCACAGACCUUCCUUCCUCCCUCAAAUUAGGGUUUCGAAAUUUCGAAUUCGAGCAACAAGAUGCCUUCCAUUCCAGAGGAGCCUCUUCUCGCCCCCAACCCCGACCGCUUCUGUAUGUUCCCAAUCCAAUACCCCCAAAUCUGGGAAAUGUACAAGAAAGCCAUGGCCUCCUUCUGGACCGCCGAGGAAGUCGACCUCUCCGACGAUCUCCGCCAUUGGAACACCCUCACCGCCGACGAGAAACACUUCAUCAAACACGUGCUCGCCUUCUUCGCCGCCUCCGACGGAAUCGUGCUCGAAAAUCUCGCCGGCCGUUUCAUGACCGAAAUCCAAGUCUCCGAAGCCCGAGCCUUCUACGGCUUCCAAAUCGCCAUCGAAAACAUCCACUCUGAGAUGUACAGCCUCCUACUGGAGACCUACAUCAAGGAUUCCGACGAGAAACACCUCCUCUUCCGCGCAAUCGACACAAUCCCCUGCGUCGAGAAGAAGGCGCAGUGGGCGCUCCGGUGGAUCGACGCCUCCGAAUCCUUCGCCGAGCGCCUAAUCGCCUUUGCCUGCGUGGAGGGUAUCUUCUUCUCCGGCAGCUUCUGCGCUAUCUUCUGGCUGAAAAAGCGCGGUCUGAUGCCAGGUCUGACAUUCUCUAACGAACUAAUUUCUCGCGACGAGGGGCUGCACUGCGACUUCGCGUGCCUGAUGUACAGUCUGUUGAAGACGAAGGUGAGCGAGGAGAAGGUGAAGGGGAUAGUGGCGGAGGCGGUGGAGAUCGAGAGGGAGUUUGUGUGCGACGCGCUGCCAUGCGCGCUAGUAGGGAUGAACGGGAAGCUGAUGAGCGAGUACAUAGAGUUUGUGGCGGACAGAUUGCUGGUGGCGUUGGGGUGCGGGAAGGUAUACAGUGCGCAGAAUCCGUUCGAUUGGAUGGAGCUGAUAAGCUUGCAGGGGAAGACCAAUUUUUUUGAGAAGAGGGUUGGGGAGUAUCAGAAGGCGGCGGUAAUGGCGGGGCUCACUGGGAACGGGACGGAGAAUUAUGUGUUCAAGCUUGAUGAGGAUUUUUAAUUUUAAUUAUUAUUAUUAUUAUUAUUGUUAUUGUUAUAUAGUAAUUGUAUUACCUAUUUAUUUAAUAUAAUUAAUAAUUUUAUAUUUUUUUUAA